AUGGCUAAGCCGGAAGUGGCCAGCAAGGCCGGGCGCGGUAGCGAGGGCGGCCCCCGGGGGCCCGUCCUGCACAUCGUGGUGGUCGGCUUUCACCACAAGAAGGGCUGCCAGGUUGAAUUCUCUUACCCGCCCCUGAUUCCAGGAGAUGGACAUGACAGCCACACUUUGCCUGAAGAAUGGAAAUAUUUGCCCUUCCUUGCCUUACCAGAUGGCGCACACAAUUACCAGGAAGAUACUGUGUUUUUUCACUUACCACCCAGAAAUGGAAAUGGAGCCACCGUUUAUGGUAUUUCUUGCUAUCGACAAAUUGAAGCCAAGGCAUUGAAAGUAAGGCAAGCAGAUGUCACCAGAGAAACUGUUCAGAAAAGUGUCUGUGUUCUAAGCAAGCUGCCCCUCUAUGGCUUACUUCAAGCGAAACUUCAACUCAUUACACACGCAUAUUUCGAAGAGAAGGAUUUUUCCCAAAUUUCCAUCCUAAAGGAGCUUUAUGACCAUAUGAAUAGUUCCUUGAGUGGAACUUCAUUAGAAGGAUCCCAAGUAUAUCUUGGUCUGUCUCCUCGAGAUCUUGUCCUUCAUUUUCGACACAAGGUCUUAAUCCUGUUUAAACUCAUUCUUCUUGAAAAAAAGGUUCUUUUUUAUAUUUCUCCAGUGAAUAAAUUGGUGGGUGCACUAAUGACUGUGUUGUCCCUUUUUCCAGGCAUGAUUGAACAUGGUCUCAGUGACUGUUCUCAGUACAGACCCCGGAAGAGUAUGUCUGAAGAUGCUGGUCUUCAGGAAAGUAAUCCUCCUGCAGAUGAUUUUGUUUCUGGGUCAGCUUCUAACAUGUCAAAUACCAAUUUGGGAACUGUCAAGAAAAUCAUAGCAGGAAACCAUGGAGGAGAUGCUUCCAUCAAGACUGAAAAGCCUUUUUUCCAACUAGAACAUGACAGCAGUAAAGGACAGGAACCCAGUGAUACUAAUCAAUAUUUGAAACCUCCAUCUCGUCCAUCUCCAGAAUCUUCAGAAAGUGACUGGGAGACCUUGGAUCCUAGUGUCUUAGAGGAUCCCAACCUGAAAGAAAGGGAACUGGUGGGGUCAGACCAGACAAACUUGUUUCCAAAAGACUCUGUGCCCUCAAAUAGUACUCCAAUUACUGUACAACCUCAAGCCAAUAUGGGGCAGGUGGUCCUGAUACCAGGGCUUAUUUCAGGUUUGGAAGAGGACCUGUAUGGCAUGCCCCUGGCCAUCUUCACAAAGGGAUAUCUGUGCUUGCCCUACAUGGCAUUGCAGCAGCAUCAUCUUCUCUCUGAUGUCACCGUUCGGGGAUUUGUUGCUGGAGCUACUAACAUCCUUUUUCGACAACAAAAACACCUCAGUGAUGCCAUUGUGGAAGUAGAAGAAGCUCUGAUCCAAAUCCAUGAUCCAGAACUCAGGAAGCUACUUAACCCAACCACUGCAGACCUAAGAUUUGCUGAUUACCUGGUGAAGCAUGUGACUGAAAACCGAGAUGACGUCUUCCUGGAUGGCACUGGCUGGGAGGGAGGUGACGAAUGGAUCCGGGCCCAGUUUGCAGUCUAUAUCCAUGCCCUGCUGGCUGCUACAUUGCAGUUAGAUAAUGAAAAGAUAAUAUCGGACUAUGGGACAACUUUUGUUACAGCAUGGAAGAAUACUCACAACUACAGAGUGUGGAACAGCAACAAGCAUCCAGCACUUGCAGAAAUAAAUCCAAACCAUCCAUUUCAAGGCCAGUACUCAGUAUCAGACAUGAAGUUAAGAUUCUCUCAUUCUGUUCAGAAUAGUGAACGUGGCAAAAAAAUUGGAAACGUCAUGGUCACAACUAGCCGGAAUGUUGUACAAACAGGAAAAGCUGUUGGUCAGUCAGUUGGAGGAGCUUUUUCCAGUGCAAGGACAGCUAUGUCUUCAUGGCUUUCUACCUUCACCACAUCUGCCCCCCAGAGUCUCCCCGAGCCCCCCGAUGGGAAGCCCUGAGGCUGGUAGCAGAGGCUGCAUGGCUCUCUUAGGUGUUAAGUGCUCCUGUCCAUCUGCUGCUCCCAACCUCUCCUUCACUGGCCCUGGGUCUACAGCAGGGGACUGAGACAUAGAACUGUUUACUUGGACAGUUGCACUUUUUCUAAAGGAAGACCCCUGGAUGCUAAAAAGAUGAAAUCACAUCCAUGGCAGGAAUGGGCUUGGGGUUUAAAUUGACUCCAGGUUGGGGUUUAAAUUGACUACUUUUAUUUCAUUUUAUUUCAUUCUGAGCCUGAUUAAAACACAGUGAACACACAAUGAACAUCUAAUGAAUUCUGAGAUGUACAUUUGUUUACUUUAGAAAAGUUUUUACUUAUGUAUAUUUUGUUCUAUUUUGCUAUUUGAAUAUCUAGAUGGCCAUUUUAAUUUAUAUUUGCUAAAACUAAGUUAUACUAUUAUUUUAAUUUCUCUAAAGUUAACCCUAAAAUGUGUUUAUAAAGUAAAAGGCCACACAGUCCAGCCUUUGUUUUCCUGAGUUAGAGGAUGAUUUUUGGUUUGUUUUUUCUACCCACAAAACACAUUUAUCAAAUCAUUUCUUCCCAGAACUGUGAAUGUCAGAAGGGGAAGUUCUGAGGUUAGGGUGUCGUUUUCGGUUUUUUAAUUUGUUCCUUCCUGACAAACUUGCUUUGAAGCAGCCAGGAGUGUCACUGUGUUCCCGUCCUCUUGUCCUCUUCCUAACCGAGCCAGAGAAUAUGCAGAGAACUAACAUAGUGAUGGUGACCGUGGUGUUGGAUUAGUUUGACAUGAAUGUGUGUGGGGUAGUGCUCUCCAAGACCAAUGUGUUGCUUCCGUCAACCCUAGUCAAGUUACUGCCUUUAUUUAUUUUUUUUUUAAUCCAAAGUUUGUGCCUUCUAUUUCUUCUUUUGAAUAGUUUUCCGUUGACAGACCUAGACAGGUUUUUUUCUCUUAGCUUUGUUUUGUUUUGGGGUGGGGUUUUGUUUUGUUUUGUUUUGUUUUUUGUUGUUUUAUGUUGUCAUUGCUGGAGAUGGAACCUUGGGCCUCACACCUGCUGGGUGAGUGUUCCACCACUGAGCUGCAUUCCCCAACUGGGUGUUCUUCGUCAUAAAGCUUUUCAAGGCACUUGGCCUUCCCAGUUCCUUGACAGUCCUCUUGUAGUCAGUCCCUGCUCCCUUCUAAAAGUGUUUUUAAGAGAAAAAUAAAAUGAGUCAUAAAUAUUAAAUAGAAAUCUCAACUUAGGAAAGCAAGAGACAGGGGGAAAAAAACUACAGCCAUUCCCUCAGUCACUAUUUCAUAAGGAUGUCUGAUUUUAGGUUGCCACGAGCAUGCAUGUGCUGUGUGCUAACUAUCUGUAUACAGCUAGAGCUCAGGUGUUUACCUGCUCAGUUCAUUUGUUUUGCAAGGGAACUUGAAUGAUGUUCUCAGGGAGUGCUUAUGGGGAACAGAUUGCCUUCUCAGUAGCAAAGGACACUUGGAAAUUCAUUGUAAGUAUAGUCUACAUAUGAUAUGGGAAGUAUUGGGGAAAUAUAGGAUCUAAUUAAGGACACUGAUUAUAUUUGAUUUAUCCCUUUUGAAAUGUUUGUUUAUAAAGUAAAUCCUCGUAAGGCAUGGGAAAUGAACAUGGAGGCAUAAUCUAAAUAUCCCUAAAUUUACCAAUUUGUGCUACUCAAGUCUUAUAAAUCUAAAAGCAUAUUUAUGUUGGAGCAUAACAACUCAAGAAUUCAGCCAGGUGCAGUGGCACAUACCUAUAAUCACAGUGACUUGGGAGGCUGAGGCAGAAGAAUCGCAAGUUGGAGGCUGGCCUGAGCAACUUGGCAAGACCCUGUCUCAAAAAUAAAAAAGACUGGGGAUGUGGCUCAAUGGUAAAACAUCCCUGGGUUCAAUACCUAUACCCCUUCCCCUCCCCACCCCCCAAAAAAAACUUGAGAAUUCAAUGAUGAUAAAUUGAGGGGCUUAAUGUGAGAACUUCAUUAUUUCAUGUUAGCCAGAAAAAUUAACCUCAGGAAAUAUUUGAAGAUAAUAAUACCAAACAAAACCUUAAAAGCUACUUUAGUCACUGUUGUACUGAGACUAUAAAGAAUUCAUUCUAAGAUCUCAUCUCAUUUCAAGGCCACAUCAUUAGUUGGAACAUGAUGGUAUAUUCAUGUUCAGUUGUUACUUCUCAAUUGCCAGGUCACAUGCCAGGAGCUGAGAGCCUUGUGAAGGGUCAGCCAGCAAGAUACUGGUUCCUCCUUUAGUUUGUGCCAGGUUUGUAUGAUGGGGGUAAACUUCCAUCUCCCAUCCAAAAGCAGUCCAACCCAUGUUUUGGAAACUACUAAACUAAAAAUACUAAACUACUAAAGUAAAAAUAGUUUCAUGAAGUUUAACUUUGCUUUAGUAUCACCUGUUCCUCAAUUUAAUGUAUAUUUUAAUUGGACAUUCAAUUAAUGUUGCAUGUUAAGGGUCUGACUCUUAAGUGAUCACUUAACAAAUAUCUCAGAAAAUAGAAUUUUUAUCAAAAAUGGUCAGAAGACCAUACCCACACUUUCCUUUAGGUUCUAGGAGAUACUGGAGUUUUCAAGGCUCAUAGGUCAUUAUAUUCUCAGGAAGAUCCCCAAGUUCACAGCAUAUUGAGGGCAGGAAGCCUGGCCCCUGUCCUGGGAGCCCACCUAAUUGCAUUCCAGACUCCAGCUAAGUGGCUAGCCCCCCUGCAGACACUGAUUUUGUGAGACAUGAGAGGCCACUGGGACCAUUUUUUGACUAAUAAAAGGUGUAUCUGUUGGUGGCUAUACUUUCUCCAGUGAAUACCAAGUCUUUUAUGUGUAAGAACUGAGUGUUUGUAACUAGGCCUGAGGAGCUAGAGUCAGCCGGCUGUUCUCAGGUGUGCAAACACACAGGCUAUAUCUAGCGGGAGGUGGUUUCGCUGUUGUCCAUGUGACUUAAAGUACUGUUUGAGGAAAACCCUAGUAUAUUCCUACAAGGCACUACAAUAACAACAGCAUAGGUAAGACAGGGAGAUCUAACACUGUCUGUGGGCUAGAUGAAUAGAAAAAGUUGCAUGUUGCAAAGGCUUAGAAUGAUUUUGUGUAUGUGUUUGGCUCACGUGACCAGUAUGAAUAGUGUAUCCCCAAAUCCUUUAGUGCUUCACUAGCUCCCAAGCCCUAAAGAAUUCUUAUCUACUUUCACUUUAAUAUAUUGCAGCACUUAUCUUUGGCAGCAAACCAGAGAUAUGACCUAACUUCCUCAACCAUAUCCUGCUUUCCAAGUUCUAUCCAAUAGUUAUUUAAUGUUGUUUAGAUUAAUUUCCUUUGGAAAACUAAGGAGAAAGCAAAUGAGGAAGAAAGAGAAGUGAGAUAUGGUUGCAUGACUGAGGAACAGACACUUAGAAUCUGAAUGAAAGUAUUUUGAGAGCAGUAUUUAAUCUGCUAACAUAAGAAUUUUUUUUAGAAGUUACAAUUUAAUCUGCUAGUAACAAAUUUCUAAAUGAAACUAUGGCAUAAUCUUCCUAGCAGGCAAGUUUUGUUAAUAUGUUCUGUGGAGAAAAGUUUUGUGGAACUUAGCCAGUGGUCCUCUUCUCACCAGUGCUAGUGGUAAGUUUGAGAGCUCUUAAUGCUGUAAGGGCCAGUGUCCCAAUCCUUAACCACAGAAAAAUGUCUGCUGCCUCCAGUGUGGAGAGGAGCCAAAAGUGGCCUGUGAACUGUAACCCUAUUGGGCAUUCCUUGGGACUCUUGAAAUGGCAUCGACAUUGGCGUGCUCUGAGUCUUUGGUCAGAGAUGGCAUGGCAUUCAUGACUUCCACCCAUCCGUUGGUACCUUUUAAACAUGACAGAGAACACUGCCCUGGUCACUCAAGGUGAUUGUCAUCCCAUGCAGCAUGUAAUGUGCCACUCGGAGUUUUCUCAUUCCAAUCUUCAGGCUUCAUAACAUUGGAAUUGUUCUUCCAUAAUUUCCAACAUUCCAUAAAUAUUUGUCAAAGACAAAGAAAAGGAAUGUGCAUCUUUGUUCUUUUCAUAUGAAUGACUUUGUACACAUAACUUCCUGCUUUCAUUAUUGAGAAGAAACAAGCUCCCUUCUGUGGCAACUCCAAAGAGAUUGUGCAUGUCUAAGGGGUUGGAUAUAUUUUGUAAAACUCUAAAUAUGUUUGUAUUUCUGUGCUGUUCAGAAGUUUACCUUUUUACUUAUACUAAUUAAAGAUAUAGAGACUAUAUAUUUAAAUCAUGUAAAUGUAAUACAGUUUAGGGGGUUUUUCCAAUCUUAUUUUUCAUCAGCUUCUCACACACAUGUAGUAUGCUGCUCAAAUUUUUUUGUGUGCAAUAUAAACAUUUGAACAUUUCAGUCAGGUACUGAGCCAGAAAAGGUCAUUGAAGUUUUCAGAAAGCUUCUGUGCUUAGAAAAUAUUUUAGGUUUUUUUCUUAAAAUAUUAAUAUUUUAUAGCUGGAAAAUAAGAUCGAGACAUAUGUUUUAUUUGGUCAUUGGUUCCUAAAUUUAGGAAGCAUUUGAUCAAUGAGUUAGUAAAGGCACUUAGUGGUUAUAAAAAUAGUUUAGAUAUUUGAGAUGAAAGGCUUUCCACAAACAGUUUCUAAGAAUGUUUAGCUUAGAAAAGUUUAAAAAGUUUUCUAAGAAAGUUUACCUGUGCUACAUGUUUUGAUCAGAAAGGUAGUUUCUCCUUGCUCUAGAAGAUUUAUAAUUUGUACUUGUUCUUUGUUUCUGUUGCAACUUGUUUUUUUUUAAAGUAUUAAAAUUAUAAAUCAAGUCUAAUCAUA